AUGACCCCGUGUAACGGUUCAUUGGUCGUGCGCUCGUGCAAGAUGGCAUGGGCGACGUUGGGGGUCUUGUGGUCGGGUCCAGAGAUGGGGCGAGAUCAGCAGGCGGAGGAGCUUGAAGUGGCGGAGGAACAUGAAGUGGCGGAGGAACAUGGAGUCGCGGGAAAGCCUGUAGUGGAGGACGAAGGACGCGCGGUGGGGGAGCCUGGAGUGGCGGAGGAGCAUGGAGUAGCGGAGGAGCCCGGCGUGGCGGGGGAGCCUAAAGUGGCGGGAGAGGGUGGAGUGGUGCGGGAUCCAGGAGUGGCAGGGGAGCCUGGAGUGGUGGGGGAGCCUGUAGUGGCGGGGGAGCAUGGUGUGGCAGGGGAGCCUAUAGUGGCGGGCGAGGGUGGAGUGGUGGGGGAUCCAGAAGUGGCGCGGAGCCUGGAGUGGUGGGGGAGCCUGGAUCGUCGGAGCAUGUUGUUGUGA